GGGCCGCGGCGCCGUCCGUCGCGAUGCGUCCUCGCGCGGUACGUCACGGCGUCGGGGCGGAAGAUGGAGAACCUCCGCGCCGGCGGUUGCUGAGCAGACCCGGACGGAGCGGGAGACUGAGCCCCGCCGCUCCGGCUGUCGCGGGUGCGGAGCCGCCGCCAUGUCGCUGCUGCAGUCGGCGCUUGACUUCCUGGCGGGCCCUGGCUCCCUGGGCGGCGCUGCGGGCCGCGACCAGAGCGACUUCGUGGGGCAGACGGUGGAGCUGGGCGAGCUGCGGCUGCGGGUGCGGCGGGUCCUGGCCGAGGGAGGGUUUGCAUUUGUUUAUGAAGCUCAAGACCUGGGAAGUGGCAGAGAGUACGCAUUAAAGAGGUUACUGUCCAAUGAAGAGGAAAAGAACAGAGCCAUCAUUCAAGAAGUGUGCUUCAUGAAAAAACUUUCUGGCCACCCCAACAUUGUCCAGUUUUGUUCUGCAGCAUCCAUAGGAAAGGAAGAGUCAGACACGGGGCAGGCUGAGUUCCUCCUGCUCACAGAGCUCUGUAAAGGGCAGCUGGUGGAGUUUUUAAAGAAAGUGGAAUCUAAAGGUCCUUUGUCAUGUGACACCAUCCUGAAGAUUUUCUACCAGACAUGCCGCGCGGUGCAGCAUAUGCACAAACAGAAACCACCCAUCAUCCACAGGGACCUCAAGGUUGAAAACUUGUUGCUUAGUAACCAGGGAACCAUUAAGCUGUGUGACUUUGGCAGUGCUACAACCAUCUCACACUACCCUGACUAUAGCUGGAGCGCCCAGAAGCGAGCCCUGGUGGAGGAAGAGAUUACGAGGAAUACAACACCAAUGUAUAGGACGCCAGAGAUCAUAGACUUGUACUCGAACUUCCCGAUCGGCGAGAAGCAGGAUAUCUGGGCCCUGGGCUGCAUCUUGUACCUGCUGUGCUUCCGGCAACAUCCUUUUGAGGAUGGUGCAAAACUUCGAAUUGUCAAUGGGAAGUACUCGAUCCCUCUCAACGACACCCGCUACACCGUCUUCCACGACCUCAUUCGUGCCACGCUGAAGGUCAACCCAGAGGAGCGGCUUUCCAUCUCCGAGGUGGUGCACCAGCUGCAGGAGAUCGCAGCUGCCCGGAACGUGAACCCCAAGGCACCCAUCACCGAGCUCCUGGAGCAGAACGGAGGCUACGGGAACACCGUGUCAUCCCGAGGGCUGCACCCUCCUGUGGGCCCUGCAAGCUGCAGCUACAGUGGAGGCCUGGCUCUGGCAGAAUAUGACCAGCCCUAUGGUGGCUUCCUUGACAUUCUGCGGGGCGGAACGGAGCGGCUCUUCACCAACCUCAAGGACACCUCCUCCAAGGUCAUACAAUCUGUCGCUAACUAUGCCAAGGGUGACCUGGACAUAUCUUACAUCACAUCCAGAAUUGCAGUGAUGUCUUUCCCAGCGGAAGGUGUGGAGUCAGCAAUCAAAAACAACAUAGAAGACGUGCGGUUGUUUCUAGACUCCAAGCACCCGGGACAUUAUGCCGUCUAUAAUCUGUCUACGAGGACAUACCGGCCCUCCAAGUUUCACAACCGGGUCUCCGAAUGCGGCUGGGUAGCCCGGCGGGCCCCACACCUCCACACCUUGUACAACAUUUGCAAGAACAUGCACUCCUGGCUGCGGCAGGACCACAGAAACGUCUGUGUCGUGCACUGCGUGGACGGGAGAGCUGCAUCUGCUGUGGCUGUCUGCUCCUUCCUGUGCUUCUGCCGCCUUUUCAGCACUGCAGAGGCUGCCGUGUACAUGUUCAGUAUGAAGCGCUGCCCGCCGGGCAUCUGGCCUUCCCACAAAAGAUACAUCGAGUACAUGUGUGACAUGGUGGCGGAGGAGCCCAUCACGCCGCACAGCAAGCCCAUCCUGGUGAAGGCUGUGGUCAUGACCCCUGUGCCAUUGUUCAGCAAGCAGAGGAAUGGCUGCAGGCCCUUCUGCGAGGUCUACGUGGGGGAUGAGCGUGUGGCCACCACGUCCCAGGAGUAUGACAAGAUGAAGGAUUUUAAAACCGAGGAUGGUAAGGCGGUCAUUCCCUUGGGUGUCACGGUGCAGGGAGAUGUGCUCAUUGUCAUCUAUCAUGCGAGGUCCACCCUGGGUGGAAGGCUACAGGCCAAGAUGGCGUCCAUGAAGAUGUUCCAGGUUCAGUUCCACACGGGGUUUGUGCCUCGCAACGCGACCACAGUGAAAUUUGCAAAGUAUGACCUGGACGCGUGCGACAUUCAGGAGAAGUACCCAGAUUUAUUUCAAGUGAACUUGGAGGUGGAAGUGGAGCCUAGGGACAGGCCGAGCCGUGAGGCUCCACCGUGGGAAAACUCGAGCAUGCGGGGACUGAACCCCAAAAUCCUUUUUUCCAGCCGAGAGGAGCAGCAAGACAUUCUGUCUAAGUUUGGGAAGCCAGAGCUCCCCCGGCAGCCCGGCUCCACAGCACAGUAUGACGCUGGAGCAGGCUCUCCAGACACCGAGCCCACGGACUCGGACUCGCCGCAGAGCAGCACAGAUGCCCGCUGCUUCCUGCAUACACUAGAUUGGCAGGAGGAGAAAGAAUCUGAGGCCGGUGCAGAAAACCCCUCCAAGGAGAGUGAGUCUGUCUUGAUCGAGGACAGAGAGGACAGUGAUGCAUCAGAGGAAGAGUCACCAAUCUCCAGUGAGGGCCAGGAGCCAGGGGCCGAGGAGGACAGGGUGGGCCUGGCAGCCAGGACGAGCCAGCAGGACUUGGUGCAGGAUGUGGGGACGGUGGCCACACCAGAGCCCACACAAGAAGAUAGCGUCGACCUCCUGGGGCUGCACUCAGAGGCGGAUACAGGGCUGGUGCCCCCCUCACAGGCCUGCGGGGCCGCCUCCAGCAACACUGACCUGCUCAGCCGCCUCCUUGGGUCCCCUGAGGCUGUUCCUGAAGGACCCCCAGACGAUCUGCUCAGCAGCGAGACCCCACUACUCCUGGCAGGCCCAGCUGCUGCCCCGAGUACACACAGCACCCCGCGAGGGGAACCCCCUGCCCCGGUUGACCCCUUCGACCCGCUGCUGCUGUCCUCAGACUCCAACACCCAGCCCUGCUCCAAGCCUGAUCCCUUUGGCGAGUUUCUCCAUUCAGACUCUGGGGCCACCCUGCCUGUCUUCCCAUCCACCCACAGCGCCCCGCCCCCAUCCUGUGGUGCGGACUUCCUGCACUUGGGGGAUCUGCCAGUGGAGCCUGGCAAGGUGACAACCUCUUCCAGCCACCCAGAUCUGCUGGGAGGAUGGGAUGCCUGGGCAGAGCCUGCCACACCCAGGCCAGCACCCAUGGUGGCUGCUGAAGGCCGCAUUUUCCCUCCAGGAGGUCAGCCAGCCCCUUCCGGCCCUCAGCCCAGCUGGACCAAGUCUCAGAGCCUGGACCCAUUUGCCAACCUCGGCGACCUCAGUGACCUCAGCUCCAGCCUCCAAGGCUCACCAGCCGGAUUCCCUCCUGGGGCCUUCAUCCCCAAGACGGCCCCUGCCUCCAAGGACAGUGGGUCCUGGCAGCCAAGUCGGCCACCGACCCAGGGCACUUCACGACCCCCCCAGGCCAAGCUGCCCCCCAAAGCCUGUGCACAAUCAAGGCCUAGCUAUGCCUCUGGCUUCAGUGUGAUUGGGGGGCGAGAGGAGAGAGGCAUUCGUGCACCCAGCUUUGCUCAAAAGCCGAAAGUCUCAGAGAACGACUUUGAAGAUCUCCUGUCCAACCAUGGCUUCUCCUCCAAGCCUGACAAGAAGGGGCCCAAGACCAUCGCAGAGAUGAGAAAGCAAGACCUGGCAAGAGACACGGACCCACUCAAGCUCAAGCUCCUGGACUGGAUUGAGGGCAAGGAGAGGAACAUCCGCGCCCUGCUGUCCACACUGCACACGGUGCUGUGGGAUGGGGAGAGCCGCUGGACACCUGUGGGCAUGGCUGACCUGGUGACCCCAGCUCAGGUGAAGAAGCACUACCGCCGCGCCGUGCUGGUUGUACACCCCGACAAGGCCACGGGACAGCCGUACGAACACUAUGCCAAGAUGAUCUUCAUGGAGCUGAAUGAUGCCUGGUCCGAGUUCGAGAACCAGGGUUCCCGACCCCUCUUCUAGGCCCACGGCAUCAUGACCACGAGCAGCUCUGGAGCCCGGUGAUGGCUGCCAGGUCCCAACCAUGAGGCCUGUGGCUGCAGCAGGCAUGGGUGUGGGUUGGGCUCAAGUGCCCGCCGCCCCACACCCACUGUCCUGUCAUUCCACGGCACAGGAGAAAGCAUUCCAAAGCUUCUGGUUUCUGUUGUUUUUCUUUCUUGUCCCAAAGGAACAGUGUUGGUUCAGGCCCCUGUGUCACAGCCUGUGAUUUACUCUGGUGUCAGAGCCCACUCUUCUCUGAAUGUGAAGGUGUGUUCCCUCGCACUUUGUAAUCAGCUGCCGAUCGUCUGUACAUAUUAAACUAUUUUCUGAUGA